UUCUUGCGUUUCUUGUAUUCCUCUUCCCCUUUAUCCCCUGCGCGGCUCAACUGGCACAAUGCCCCGUUAUUGCGCCGCGUUUAGCUGUAAGAACCGCCGAGGACGAAACAAUAAAGACCGGAAACUGAGUUUCUACCCAAUCAGGAAGCCAAGAAGAAGACUGUUAAUCUUAAAAAAAGAGAAGAGGAAGGCAGUUGUGUAGAAAUGGACAUGAAUUCUGACUACAUCCUCUUCCCCUGUCUAUCCACAGAGUGACAAACAACUUUGAAUUCAACUCUCUUCUGCUGUCACCACAGUUGCUAUUUCAAAUCAGAGUCUAAAAGUAUGGGUUUGGGGAAUUGAUUGUUCAGCAGGUUUUCCCAAUUGUCUUUGCAAAAUCUUCAUUUAGGUUUCCUCUCCAUGACAAAGAGAGACUUGAAAAAUGGUUACGAAAUAUGAAACGUGAUACAUGGGUUCCUAGUAAAUACCAGUUCCUGUGCAGUGACCAUUUUACUCCUGACUCUCUUGACAUCAGAUGGGGCAUUCGAUAUUUAAAACAAACUGCUAUCCCAACUAUUUUUUCUUUACCUGAGGACAGUCAGGAAAAAGACCAGGUAAAAAACAAGCCUCAUAAAAGAAAAACAGAGGAUGAAAGAGAUAUAUGUCUAAUGGUAAAGUCAGAAGAAUUACCUGCACAAAUGGAACCAAAGAAAAAUAUUAUAAGCACAGAAAAAUUUGAUGAAAGUACAAAUUUACUUUAUUCAUCUUCUUUGAGUGAACCACUACAAAAGCAUAAACCACCAAUUUCCAGUAUGGAAAAUCCACAUAAUGGCACAUUAACUAUUGAUUCUUUAAUUCCACAUGUUGAAAAACCAAAACCUGUCUUAGAAACAGCAGUUGUCCAAGAUAUAGAAGUUAGUAGUUUUCAUACAUCUCUUGAGAACCUCUUAAAUACUACAGCUGCUACUUUGAAUGUCUCAAAUCCAGAGCAUGUGCAUCUCUCUGUGGACCCCAGUAAUGUAGUUGAAACAUCCAUAGACCAUCUCUCUAAUCCAGAAAUCACAGAUAUUUCAGUGGCAACACAGGAAAAUACUGUCUUACUGAGUACAAUUACUCAGACAAUUGAGGAGCUGAAUACAGAUGAAGAAUCAGUUAUUACAAUUCUAGUGCCUGCUGAAAGCUCUAAGCCAUCGACCAGUUCAUUCAUGCCAACAGAACAAGAGAGGAUAGAUGUGGAAGAUGUAGAUAUUGAAGAUUCCUUAUAUGAUGACACAGACUAUGGCAUUGAAGUACUACAAACUGAGCAUUCUUAUUGUAGGCAAGAUAUCAACAGAGAACUUCUUUGGCAAAAAGUUACUAAACUACAUUCAAAGAUAACCCUUCUUGAACUACAGGAGCAACAAACUCUAGGAAGACUCAAAUCUCUAGAAACUCUAAUAGGACAGUUAAAACAAGAAAACUUACUAUCUGAAGAAAAACUCAAGAUUGUAGAAAACUGUUUCACAACAUUUGAAGUUACAAUGAUAGAAUGAAAGCUUUUUAGAGACCAUACUUUUAAGCAAGAUCAUUUCAGUCUCUUUGAUUAUCCCUGAGUUAUUUAUAAGGUGACCUUUUUUCCAGUAUGAAUCUUAUAUUCUUAAUAACAUCUAUGAAAAUACAUCAAAAAAUGCCUCUUAUUUUCAUAAAAUCCAAAAUUAUGACAUUGCCAUUUAAAGUGAUUAGCUAAGAAGCAUAAAGAGUAAAACUGGAAAAUACUUUCAUGUAUUUCUUUUUUAGCCCAACGAAGCAUUUGUGAAAUAAAAUUCUAUCAUUUGAUUCUAAUCCUCCAGAUGGAUGUUAACAUCAUAUGAUAAUUAUGUAGUAAUGAAUUUAUAGUAAAAUAUGGCUAAAUCCUAAAGGUUGUGCUCCCAUUUUCUUAAGUGAGAAGAACACUAAAAUGGGAGGCAUUAAACUUGUGAAAUUAGUCACACAGUUUGCUACUGGCUAGCUGUGUAAACUUGGGAAAAUCACACCCGUAUUUUGGGUGUGUCAUCUGUGUAAUAAGGAAUUAGACUGAGGGAUCUUGUAAGCUCUAAAAUUCUGUUUCUGUGAGACCCUUCCCUACUUUAGAGAACAUUAGAAAUACAACUUUACUUCAAAGAUAUUUUACAGUAUGUCUUGAUCAUAGUUAUUGCUUAUGUUGUCUGGAUAACUUCAGUAUUCACUUUUAUAAAGAUUCCUGUGUGGUUUGACCGUUCAACUUCAGUACAUUUCUAUAAUAAAGUGUGCCCCAGAUUGUUUUGUUUUCAUUUGAACUGCAUUAUAAACAGGGCACCAUCUUUAGGCAAUGCUCAAUUGUGUUCUUAGGAUAAGAUUCUUUUAAAUCUUAAAGAUUGCUUCUUGAGUUAGAUAUACAAUGUGUAUGGUUGGCCAUUGUAAUAGUCUAAGAAUUUUAGUAAAGGAAAUACCAACUGUUUCCUUAUAGCUAUAUUUCAUAAACACAAUGGAUAAGAUAAUAAAUUGAAAAGUUUUGAAAACAGUUUCCAUAAUACUCAUUUCACAAUAUUCAUUCCUUAAUGAGUAUUAUUUGCUUUUUUUUAAUUGCUUGUAUUGGGCAUUCCAAAAUUUUUUUGCAUUUCUUGGGAUAUUAGGAUAAUAAUGAAAAUCAUUCAUUUCCAUUCACCUACAUUUUAAUUUGUUUAGCUUGUAAUCAAGAAAUUUUAAGGAAAUUGCUAGAAAUACAUUGGGAAACAAAGUUGAAAGAAAAGAAUCAUGCACAAAAAAAUUACUUUUAGAUAGUAACAACAUGAGGAAAUUAGCAGAAAAAAACUGAAGUAGGAAAAUAAUGACUUGAAAGAACUACAAAUUUGAAAAAUACCUAAUGUCAUCUCUGAAAUGAACAAUCAGUUUGAUGUGUGAAUGAAGGAAUAACUAUAUGAUUGGGAAAUAUAUUUGAUUUUGGAAGGUAAAUAAUUACUUCUGUAUCUUCUAGCUCCAAAAAUUCAAUGAUUAUUUUCCAACAGAUAAUUUCUUAGUUAUUUUUAUAUUGAUAGAUAAAGAAGGCCUGAAAUUGUAUGGAAUGACAUAGAGAAAGCUAACCUUAGUUUUAAAAUAUGAUAUAGAAUUGACUAUGUCAAUAACUAAAAGGAAUUUUUUUUAGUUAUUUUCUUAAAGGUAUACUAAUGUUCCCUUUCGAUUAAAACAGUGGAAUGUGAAACAUCUUAUAUUGGAUAAAAAUGAGAGCAUGAUUUUUUUUUCCAAUUAUCUCAACCAAGUAAUCUUAUACAGUUAGUAAUUCUUAGUUUUAAUCAAGGUAGACUAUAAUUAAUUGUUUAAGUAAAGGUUUUUAUUUUGGGUGUGUUUUUUUUUUUUUUAUAAAUUUGGCUAGAUGGAAAUAAUACCUGGAAAAUCCUUAGGGCUAUUAUUUUCUGUAGCUUUUGUUUUCUCUUUUGUGUUUUUGUCUUUAUAGUACAGAAAAUCCCCAUCUUGCAAAGAGGCCAUGUAAGUUGGUUAUUUGGAUAUAUUAAAACCUAUUUUCUUUUUAUUUUUUCAAACCUUUACCUUCUGUAUAAGAAUCAAUCCCAUAUAUUGGUUCCAAGGCAGAAGAGCAGUAAGGGCUAGGCAGUUUCUAGGAAGUGUCUGCGGUCAGAGUUGAAUCAAGGACUUUCAAUUUCCAGACCUGGCUCUCUAUCUACGGAGCCACCUAGUUGUCCCCAAGAACCCAUUUUCAAAGGAAACAAUGUUAUGAGGGGUAAUUAGGUUCUGAAGUUGGCUGAAAAGACCUUACUGAAACAAAAACAGGACUUCAUAUUUGCACUAAAAAAAUUAGACAUUAAAACAAUAUAAAAUAUUAAUAAACAAUUUUUAUUUAUCUUGAGUGCUCAUACUUGAAAAAUUAACAAGUUAAAUAAGAAAAUAGAGGGAAGUAGGACUAUAUAGUUUGUUGGCAAUAAUUAUGAUGAUUAGUUUUUCCUCUUGAGCUCAUCGGCUACAAUUGGGAUCAUUCUCAUUUCAUAAAGAGAGGUGAAGAGAAUUUUUCAGAGGUAAAUAGAAGACAGAAGAAUGAAAAAAAAAAAACUAUAUGUGGAAUGAAAUUCACCUGGGGUCAAACUGUGUAUGGCAUAAGCCAAAUAGGAAAAAACAAUACAUAUAUGGCCUUCCUCAGUUGGGCCAAGGAAAGUUAGACAGUCUCCCAUGAUUACUAUCAAAUAUUACUGGUGGCCUUUGAGAGCCUUGCUGCUGUGAUGGCUGAGAGAGAAGGGAAACAGUAUACAACCUGCCAUGUGUUAUGUUCACAGAUCAAAAGUUUAUAUGUAACUCUUAUAAAACUUAUAGGAUAUGUUUCUUAUUGAACUUAAAACAUGGACUUUCAUAAGGGCUUGUCUUUUGGUUGAAAUGUUAAUUAGGAAAUACAAAUGUAAUAGCUCUAAUACAUUUUUAAUAGAAAAAUAAAUUUUGUAAAACAA